AUGUCUUUAACAACAUCUCUAUCCGUCGUUCAACAAUUCUCCAUCCGUUAUGGCAUGAGUACUUACGUUGCCUUGGGAAACCUCGGAAAUUUGUUAAUCAUCGCGAUCUUUGCUCAGCGAAGUCAUCGCCACAAUCCCUGUUCUUUCUAUUUAUUAUGGAUGACAAUUUGUAAUCUGAUUUGUCUUGAUGUUGGUAUCAUUCCAAUCAUAUUCUCAUUGGAUCAUGCUGAUAUCAGUACAGUUUCAGUUGUUUCCUGCAAAGUUCAAUUUUACGUUCGUCAUACUUCGUUUCAAAUGAUGAGGCAUUAUAAAGUUUUAGCGUGUAUUGAUCGUUUUGCUCUGAGUAGCAUGGAUGCGACUAUUCGAACAUUCAGUCAAUACAGAAUCGCCAAACGGAUGGUGAUUAUCGGCGGAAUAUUAUGGGCCUUAAUCGUAAUCUUCUUUGCUGCAAUACGAACCAUCGAAAACUCGUCCUGCAACAUUUUCGACCCUCUAUAUUCAUUGAUUUAUACAAUUUAUUACAUGAUAUUCGCCGGUGUUUUACCGCCGCUUCUGAUUGUGUUUUUUAGUCUGUUAGUAAUGAAGAAUUUGAAGCAAAUGCGCGCUCGGAUCAAACCAACGGAUAUGAAUGUUCCAUUGAAUCAUCCAGGAAUGAAUAAUACACUUCAUAAACGCGAUCGAGAUUUGUUAAAAAUGGUUUUAGUUGAAGUUUUAUUCUACGUGUUAAGCACACUGCCAUUUUCAAUCUAUCUUGUUUAUAAUAUGAUUACAAGUAGUGCGACCAAAUCAAAAGAUCGAAAACAAAUCGAAUCAUUUAUUAAUUAUAUGACUCAAUCAUUUCUGAUACGACAAACAAGAAAGCUUCUUUGGAGAGUUUACGCUUUCGGUACUGGAAAACCAAUGCGAAAGGAAGAAUCAGGAAACACGAUGAUGGCAGCGAAAUAA